GUGUAACUGUAUCCUGCAGAGGUCUACAUACUAGAAGUGAGAGGAGGGGGAGGGAGGAGCAGAGUGCCUAUACUAGGAUGGGCCUGUGUACAGGCAGCCAGCAGGGGGAAACUUGCCAGCUGGUGUCAGUGGGUCAGAGCUUUUUCUCACACAACUGCUCUACACAUUAGAGGAGGAACUCGUGCACAGGAAGCCAUGGAGAAAGAGCACGUAGAUGACUUCAAGACUUGACAGAGACUGAAUGAGUGUGAGAGCUGCUUCCGAACACGUAGUUAGUCCUCUCUCGACCGGCUGGAUUGUCUCCUGAGUGCUGUGGACCAGUCAACAUCUGGGGGGGGGGCAGCAUGUCACGCCGGGACCAGAGGUUUCGCAGAGGAAUGAAAGGACGGUGUUGUGAAUGUGAGUGCAUCCUGGUCAACUGGUACUAUGAACGAGAGGGACAGCUCUACUGUAAGAAGCACUACUGGUCUCGUUUUGGGGAACACUGCUGCAGCUGCAAGGAGGCCAUCACAACGGGACUUGUUAUGGUUGCAGGAGAGCAGAAGUAUCACCCUGAGUGCUUCACCUGCGUGAACUGUGAGAUGGUGAUUGGAGAUGGAGAUACCUACACUCUGAUCGAACGCUCCAAACUAUACUGUGGCCAAUGUUUCUGUGAGGGUGUUGUUCCAGCUGUGAGGUCAGCGUGUCCACUCACCAAGAGUCCCCACAUGGUGGCGCUGGUGUCUCUACCGCCACACGCAGCUGGCCGGCGAGGCCUAACCGUUGCCGCGGAUUUCAGCCAAGAGGCGAGACCUCUGGUCACCGUGACAGAGAUAGACUCCGCUGUCCUCAGCCCAGACAUGGUGUCUUCUGUCCAAGCUGGUGAUCGAGUGCUGGAGGUCAAUGGCACCCCGGUCUGCAAUAUUUCUCCAGAUGAGAUAAACCUGGUAAUCCAGGACACCAGCAGACCACUGCAGCUGACCAUUGAACACAACCCUCACUCUCCCCCUGAGCUCAUUCCACCCAGAGAGAGCCCCCCGUAUACCAUCAGCUGUUCUGAUUCCCUUGCCCGAGAGAAACUUAGUUCCAUCCCAAAACUCCCGAGCCUUGAGGAAGAGCCCAGUCCCCGGGAGGAGACGGACGAGCAAAGGCUGAGCCUGCCGCUGCCUCAGCACCAAGGAACUCCAGGGAUACGAACCAGACACAUCCUGCGGAGUUGUAGUAUUGACAAAUGUCCCCUGUCCCCCGGAGCACUGUCACUUAUAUCUCAAAGGAGAGACAUGGUUCGCUCGGAGUCUCUCCGGGUAGACCCUGGAGAUCGGACACAUCGCAUCUUCAGACCUUCAGACCUCAUCCACGGAGAGGUGCUGGGCAAGGGCUGCUUCGGCCAAGCCGUUAAGGUAACACAUCAGGUGACAGGAGAGGUGAUGGUGAUGAAAGAGCUGAUACGCUUCGAUGAGGAGACCCAUAUGACUUUCUUAAAGGAGGUGAAGGUGAUGCGCUGCCUCGAUCAUCCCAAUGUUCUCAAGUUCAUUGGACUGUUUUAUAAAGACAAACGCAUACAUUUUGUGUCUGAAUACAUCCAGGGAGGAACUCUCCGAGAAACUAUCAUAAAAAUGGAUACGGAGCUCCCCUGGAACACAAGGGUGGGUUAUGCCAAAGACAUAGCCGCUGGAAUGGCAUAUCUGCACUCCAUGAAUGUUAUCCACCGAGAUUUAAACUCCUACAACUGUCUGGUCAGAGAGGACCAGUCUGUGGUGGUGGCAGAUUUCGGGCUCGCCAGGCUGGUGAGGGAGGAGAAGAAUCCCAGUAAAACAUCUUCUCUUGAGCGGCCUGCCAAGGGGAGGUUGUCUGAGCUGCGCAAGCCUGACCGCAGGAAGCGCUACACCGUGGUGGGAAACCCCUACUGGAUGGCCCCCGAGAUGAUUCAUGGCAAAAGCUAUGAUGAACGUGUGGACAUAUUUUCCUUCGGGAUCAUGAUAUGUGAGAUCAUUGGCAAAGUUAGUGCUGAUCCUGACGACCUUCCCCGGUCCAAUGACUUUGGAUUGAACGUAGCAAGUUUCCUGCACCAGUAUCACCCUCCCGGAUGCCCCUCGGCCUUCCUGCCGCUGGCUGUCCUCUGCUGCGACCUGGAUGCCGAUAAACGUCCCUCAUUUUCGAAGCUGGAGGAGUGGUUGGACAACCUGCUGAUGCACCUGGACAUCAGCCUGCAUCUGCACUCGGAGUUAGAGCAGGUCUGCAGAGAUUUCUGGACCAACCACAGCCAACAAAACCAGACACACGACCAUAAGAAGACUCUUGUUUCUCAUGAACAACAUUGUUCACAGGCAGAACAACAGAGCAGCAGCUCUGAAUGUUCAGACAACGCCAACAACCACACAGAACCUGAUCACUCCACUCAGAAACCAGAAACCCCACUGGAGAGUCAUUUGAAUGGGGAGCAGGACGUACAUGACACAGACCACAAUGUGAGGACUGGAUCACAGGACACAGCCUUGUCCCGUUGCAGGUCCACCAGCAGAGACUCAGACAAGGCUGAAGGUGAGACGUGUGAAUGCUGCAACCUCACAGAUCAACCAAAGUCCCAGCAGGACCCCUCGCCGCCACUCCAGGUCCAAAACGCCCUGCUGGACCGGUCAAACAGGCCCAGGAGGAUAUGCAGAGUGCUGUGGGAACGAUCCAAAGAGGAAACCUCUUCCCUCUAAGUGUUCUUCUACUGAUCUCGAUGGGACACAUCUACAAACCGGAGCCCUCGUAGUCGAAUAACAACGUUUUAUUAAACAUUUGUGCCUUGUUUAACUGCAACAAAACCUAUUUAAGAAGCCGUACGUGGAUGAUGUGUUGGAAAUCCUACGGCGGCCGGCACACAACGAACACUUGCAGAUGUGUGCAGCUUGUUUUUAAGAAAAGGACAGAGAUGCAGGCAGUUUGACAUCAGUUGGCACGUCACAUUUCAGUUAUAUUUCUGCGUAAAGCAGCAUUCAAGCGGCUGCGGCCAAAGCCAAGCUGAGAAGGGAUUUAUUAGAUAACCCUAUAAACUUG